AAAGAAAACACUUCUGUUUAAAGACUGAAGGAAAUUAAUGCUAAGCUAACUUAUAGAUAAUUAAAUUUUGUUAAAAUAUUACUCUUUAUUGGAAAUAUGAGUCUGGAUUCUCUCUUUCAGCAGAUUUUACUGACUGAGCAACAAGUGUCAGACAACACUCGCCAGCUCCAUGAAGUUAAAGCUGCUAUCAUCAAGACUGAGGAGAAAAUAAAGUCUUUCACUGAAAAGCUGGAACACGCACAUAUUGAGCUGAAUGAAAAGGCUCAGCUCCAGUCAGAAGUCACGCUGCAGCUCUAUCUGAUAAAGAAGCAACAAGAGCAAAUGGAGAAGAAAAGAGAGGAAUUACAAAAGCAGCAGAAUGAUCUCAAACAGGAGCUGGACCGACUGAACAGAGAGUCUGAGGAGGAGAAGGAGAAGUUCAUGAAGGAGAUUGUGACCUUCAACAGUGACUUCAACCUUCUCAGCAAGAGGGACAUUGUGUUCCAGAACCAGACCAGAUCUGAGAUACAGAGCCUUCAGCUGGAGGCUGACGCACUCAACAAAGAGAUGGAGAGGAUGUGGCAGGAGAGCUCAUGGUUGCGCUCAGAGCAAGGGGUUUUGGAGAUGAAGCUUCAGGAGCUGCAAUCACAGCUUACAGAGCUGGAGAGAGAACUGGAGGAGGCAGCAGCUCUCACUGAGUCUCUGAAGGCGGAGAAGCUCACAGCCAGUCAGAAACCACUGACUGACAGCACCUGCCUCAGACUGAAGAAGGAGCUGGAGGCACAUAAGGAAGGAGAGCUGGAGUUGCUCCGUGAGGCCCUCAGCACAGAAAUUCAGUUCCUGCGCUCGGAAAUAUCAGAGAAAGGCAGUGUGUGCUGAAAUGAGCUCCCUCAGACAGAUACCUGUGCUGCUGAAGCUGCUUCUUCCUGACACCCAAUGGGGCGGAUUAUUCCAGCACCGGCGCAGCCCGCUGAGACCCGCCGCGAUGUUGGAUUGCUUUGUUUCUCUGUUGUCUGUGUGUAAUUAAUGGGGUGUAAUCACAUCCAGAGACAUGACUGAUGUGUCACGCUCUUGGAGAAACUCCCCUCCCCUGCAAUUAGAGCCAUUAUACCCAAGCUAAUCAGAAGUGCUUCUGUAAACAGCACUGUUUACUUUUAUGCUGUUGGUUUUAACUAUGUAAUUGGAGUAAGAUAUCUUCUAAUGAGUUUGGAUUGUACAAAUUACCCUGCUAAACCUUAUUUACCCGUUGCAGUAAACACUUAUUUACUUGGUGUAACUGUUCAGAACUUGUUCGUAAACUCAGUUCUGUGCGGCUGUUAAACAGUGUGUCUGCUACAGACUCUGCUAAUUCAUACUGGAUUAAAUAUAUACAUAUUGUAAA